AUAUGACAAGGUGGAAUUUGGAACAAUUCACAAUUUGACGCCUGAAAAGAUGUAUGAAAUUGUAGGAACAGAAAAAGAGGCAAUAUAUUCACUAGAACAUUCUUUAAAAAACAUAUAUGAUAUUUUUAAUAGAUGCUAUAAUGCGGAAAAAGAGAAAUAG